GACAUACCUACAAGGGCUAUUUCAAGUGUGGCGAUAGUUAAAAAAAAACGGAUAGACGUAGUAUGCCAGACUAAAAAAAAACAUUUUUCAUACCACUAAUGUCAAGCUAAUGUCAUUUCUGACUGAUGACGUACUGACGUCUGACUAUGACCAAACAAGAUGGAGGAGUUGUUUGUUUUGCCGUAGCGUUGUGCAAACUGCAAGCAAAGAGAUUUUAAACACUACGUUAAACUGUUUUGUUGUAAGUUUUUUUUGUUUGUUUCGACUCAGUGCGAUCCAAAUAUCUUGAGAAAGUGACUCUGAAUUGUGUGUUGCGAGAUAUUGACUCAGUUUAUGCGUUUUGAGAUAGUGACUGUACCUACCUACCCAUGUGUUUUUUGAGAAAUUGACUCUGUUUCUGUUUUUUGAGAAAGUGACUCUGUUUGACUGUUUGUGUACAUAUUUCGAGAAAGUGAAAGUGACUCUUAGAACGUGACCAUGUCGUCGGUAAUAAACGCCGAAAGUCGACGACGAUGUUAUAAGUGUGGACGUUCACCGGCUGAGGACUCACUAACUACAUUGUUUCGCUUUCCUAAACCCGGAAAAACGAACACAUUACGCUGUGAAUUAUGGGCAAAGUACUGCUUUCCUGAUAAACAAUACUGGUCACCAGAAUUCCAGAAUAAACUUCAUACAGAACAUAAAAUGCUCUGCAAUAGACAUUUUCCAAAGACAUCAUUUAGUGAUUACCCGGAAACUUCAAAGAAGCUUCACAGAUUUGCAGUACCUAGUGACAUCAAAGAGGCUGAACCUCAACCAGGUCCCUCAUAUUGUCAGGUGCAAGUUUUGAAAGAUGUGACCAACUGCUAUUCUGAACCAAAACCAGUACCAACCUAUAAAAAACCAAUACUUGAACCUCUACCUGGGACUUCGCAUGUGUUGCAUGCUUCGUUUGAAGAAAAUAAAGUGCUAGGAAGUGUGUGUAGUGAAAGGCAAACUAAAACCCCAAAAGAAAAAUAUCUGUUGGCAAAAUGCAGAAAACAUUUCAAACAUAUUUGCCAAUUGCGAAAUAGAAUAAAAAAAUUGAAAAAUAAGGAUAUUCUAAAAGAAUUAAAUAAAAACGAGUCAGUUGAUAAGUUAAUGAAAAAAUUGACUCCUACAUUUGCCUUGUUGCUGCAAGCACAGAUAAAAAACAUAAAAAAAAAACCAAAGGAAGGAGAUGGACAACAGAAGAAAAAAUAACAGCACUGAGACUAUAUAAAAGAUCACCAACUUGCUAUAGACUGAUGAGAAGAUUGUUUUGUCUACCAGCUCCAUCUACCUUAAAAUGUCUUUUGAGCAAAUUCUCCCUCGAAGUGGGAGUCAAUAAAUGUAUUUUCUCUGUGUUAAAAAGAACAGCAGAACUUCAAUGUGCAUCUGACAAUGAAUACAUCAUCAUGUUUGAUGAGAUGUCAAUUAAAAAAAAUAUAAAAUAUAAUCAAAAGACAGAUACAAUAGAAGGAUUCCAAGACCAUGGACUUCAAGGCAGAUCACCAAAAUUAGCAACACAUGCUCUAGUGUUCAUGUUAGCUGGCAUUAGAAAAAAGAUUAAGCAGCCUGUGGCUUACUACUUAUCCAGCGAGUAUGUAACAGCAGACCGUCUAGCAGUCUUGAUAAAAGAGAUAAUACGUGAAUGUCGUGAGGCGGGUCUUAGCAUAGCGGCAACGGUUUGCGACAUGGAUGGAGUAAAUCGACGAGCUUUGUCCAUCUUGGGUGCCACUAGUGAAAAACCCUCCAUUACUAUUGAUGAUAUAGAGAUUAUCAGUAUGUAUGACCCGCCUCAUCUUCUUAAGUGUUUCAGAAAUCUAUUUCUGAAAUACGAUAUCCAGUGCACUACACAAAUUACAUCAAACAACAAAAGUGGAAUAGGUGUUGCAAAAUGGAGCCACAUAAAAACUUUUUAUGAUCUGGACAAUCAGAACCCCAAUUUUGUAUUUGCUCCGGGCUUAAAAUUAGAACACCUCAAUCCAAACAGCAAGCAAAAAAUGAAGGUUAAAUUGGCGGCACAAAUCUUAAGCCAUACGGUUGCUGCUGGGAUGUUGGCGAAAAUUUCAGAAGGAGUACUGACUUCAGAAGCAGCUGUAACUGCAGGUGUUAUUUCAAAAAUGGACAAGCUAUUUGAUUCUGUUAACAGCGACUCCUCAGAUUUGCGCCGCGGGAAAAUAUAUGCGACUAAUUUAAAAGAAACCACACCACAUCUCCAGUUAUUUAAGGAAAUGAAAUUAUUUUUUAAUACUUUAAAAUUCUUAGGCUGCACACGCACACCGCCUUCAAAAGAAGGAUGGGUGUGGACUCUGAAUGCAGUCGAACUUUUAUGGAAUAAACUCCGAACUAAACAUUCAAAUGUUCAAAGCCUUGCCACCCGCAGACUACAGCAGGACCCAUUAGAAAACCUGUUUGGCUGCAUUCGGGGUAAUUGUGGUGCUAAUUACAAUCCCACUGCUGGACAAUUUGUUGCAGCCUUAAAAACUUCUAUGUUAAGCAACCUAGCUCACCUAAGCACUGGAAACUGCGAAAGCGAUUACUGCGAAAGUAUAAUUGAUAAUUAUAAAGAGAUAUUGACCAAGUCCACAAACAUAUGCACAAAUGAUACAAUUUUACAGAAUUUUUCAUAUUCCUCAGAUUUCUCUGAGGAACUUGAAAAUGUAUGUACUGCUGAACCAUCAACUGGUGAAGCUCAGGCAUGUGCAUAUGUUAGUGGAUUUUUAGUUAAAAGACUUGAUUGUACCUGCACAAACUGUCAUAAUAUUUUAAUUUCUAAGGAAAAAGGGUCAGUUGAACAUUUAUUUAUUCAAUUUAAAGAAUACUCCGAAAAGCAGAGCUUGAAUUAUCCCCAUAAAAAUAUAAUAAAUUAUGUGGAAUCCUGUGCUUUGGUGGCAAACAGAAUGUUUGAAGAUAUAGGACACGAAAAGCAAGUACUUAAAAGAGUAAAAGAAAAAAUUAUAGAAUCAGUUGAUCAUGAGUUUUUAAAGGCUUGUCCAGCACAUUGGGAAAAAAAUCUCAAUUAUUUUAUUCACAAUGUAUCAUAUAUUUGUAUAAAGAGGCACUGUAUAUUAAAAAAUCGUCAGUUCUCAGAAGAAGCUUCGAAAGCUUCUUUAAAGAGAAAAAUGGAUGUUUUAAAACACAAAUGAAAUUAAAAAAUAAAGAAAAUUAUUAUAA